AUGAAGCUGUUCUGGAGCGGAGCCCCGAUACUGCUCGCAACGUGCGCGUCCCAGGCGCUCGUUACCAUGCAUGAACAACAUCCUGUCCCAUUUCAGCCAUCCGAGUCCUCUACCCAUCAAAAGCUCUCCGAUGUAAUAGCUGCAUCGCCUUUACUCUCGCUCCAUCGAGCAAUAUGUGAAGUGGAAUCAAUCACGGACAACGAGCUGGCGGUGGGAAGGCUCAUUAUCUCCAUCCUGGAAGCUCAUAAUUUCACCGUCCAAACUCAAAACGUUCCGCGGCCCAACAGCACCAAGGAGCGACUUAAUGUCUACGCAUAUCCAGAUGUUUCGAAGUACGGAGGAGCGGAGACUCCAAAGUCUGAGACUUCUCCCCAGGUUCUGUUGAGCUCCCAUAUCGACACUGUUCCGCCACAUAUCCCGUACUCGCUGUCUCUCCCGAAGAAAUCGGAGGCCUCUCCUUCCUCUCGGAGGGACAUUGUGAUCGCUGGACGUGGUACAGUCGACGAUAAAGCCUGUGUGGCGGUCCAGAUCCAAACACUGCUCGAUUUACUUGCCGAUCCCCGGGCAAAGAUCAAUCCAUCCGACGUGGCGUUGCUGUUCGUGGUCGGGGAAGAGAAGUACGGAGACGGAAUGAGACACUUUUCCGACUCGGGGCUCUACAGCAGAACCAACUCGGACUACAAGGCCAUUUUGUUCGGCGAGCCUACAGAGGGCAAACUAGCUGCCGGCCACAAGGGCAUCAUCAUGCUUACCAUUAAGGCUCACGGCAAAGCCGCGCACUCAGGAUAUCCUUGGCUGGGACGCAGUGCGAAUAGCAUGAUCCUCCCGGCUUUGGCGGUGCUGGACAAACUAGGCGAUAUUCCCGAAGAGAAGGGGGGUUUACCCCGUAGCGAAAAGUAUGGAAAGAGUACAGUUAACAUAGGUUACAUGCAAGGAGGCGUGGCAGCAAAUGUUGUCCCUGAAUUCGCCAUGGCGAAUAUAGCCUUUCGAUUGGCAGGAGGUACGGUGGAGGGAGUAAAGGAAAUUAUCAAGCAUGCUGUCCGAUCAAUCGACCCGGAUGAGCGGUUGGAGUUGGAAUUCAGCCAAGGCUACGGUCCCAUUCCUUUGGAUGCGGAUGUUGACGGAUUCGAUACUAUUACGGUGAACUAUGGGACUGAUGUGCCGAAUCUUGAAGUCGCGGACGGAGUCAAGAGGUAUCUAUACGGGCCUGGCAGUAUUCUGGUGGCCCACGGGAAGGAUGAGGCAUUGACGGUGGGGGAUAUGGAGGAGGCAUUGGAGGGCUACAAGAAGUUGGUGAUGCAUUCGUUGAAGUCGUAG